AGUGUUACGUUUGUAUAAGACGAUUGUAGUGUAUGAGUACAGCGCGUGUUGUGUUAUCAUGUUGGUCACGUUUAUUGUAGUUCUAACGUUCUUCCCGGGGGGAGAAUUCGUCGACGAUAACAUAUUUUAUUCGGACGGCAUAGAAAAUAUUGCGGGGGUAGGUGUCGAAGAAAGCUGGGCUGACGAAGCAGUACUGGACGUAGCAUUUCAUUUAAGGCAACAUAAGUUUAACGACUUCGAUCGAAGGUUUUACACCGAAAAACACGAAAACAAUUCAUAUUUCCAUGCUCAAUUUCCCGUGCCUCCCCUAAUAACAUUUCAUUGGGAAGUAUACGAAAAGUGUUCACAAGACUUUCUAAUUUGUUUGAAGUACUUGCAAGAUGUCGUUGUCGAAACACAUUUUCAGAGAACUUCGUCUACGGAUUAUAUUAUGCAUCAAAUGAAUUGGACGGCGGAAAAACACGGUGGUUAUAUCCGUAUGGUUAAUGACGAAUGUUUGCGGUUAAAAACAUUGGAUUGGACCAAGCCCGAACCUUUUCGUGGCCCGUUGGAUAGAUUCCGAUGGAGGGUCACGGCGAGUUAUUUCAUGUGCUGGUAUACAAUGCAGAACACCACGUUACUGUCAAGGUUUAGCGAAUCUUGUGAUGAUAUCGGAGAAUGUCACAACGAUGACAAGUUAAAUGAUUUUCGAGCUAUUAAUAAUGUCCCUUAUCAAUGCGCUUUGUAUAGUUUUUGUCCUGACCAAUGCUGCCCUUUGCGACAGGCUACGCAUCCGACAGAAUGUCAAGAGGUGAAUCCAUGUCGAAAUUCUAUGGUGGAAGAUAGAUGCACAUUUAUUCGGAACCAUAACACCUGGUUACCAUCUAUCAUAUAUAAUGAAUGGAAUGUGUCGUGUACUUGCAGUCCUGGAUAUGAAUGGGAGUCAAGAUAUGGUAUAUGUAUUGAUGUAAACGAGUGUAUGAAAAAUGUUGAUUUGUGUGAUAUCAAAACUGAAACUUGUAUAAAUCUUCCGGGACGCUACAAGUGUAUUUGUCGCUGGGGAUUCCAGUGGUCAACAGAACAGAAAAUCUGUGUCCCGGAUAUGCUGGUGAAAAGUGCGGAAAUCCGAUUCGGUCUGCGUUAUGAACCUAUUAUAAAGACUCAUACGUCAUUUUCAGUUACUAAUAUGAUUAAUUUCAUUUGGGAUUUUGUCAUAAACGUUUGGCAUCAAGUUCGUCACAGAAUUGACGCACAUAAAGUUUUGUAAAAUUAUAUACUUCACAUAUAAAUUAUAAUAUAUCAGUGCAAUUGUACCUAUGCAGAAAGAUA